AUGCUGCGCCAGGCCGCAGUGCGUGCUGCCAGGGCCUUGCCCGCGUCGCGCGACGCUGCGUGGCAGCAGCUGGCCUUCCCGGGGCUGCGCGAGCACGUCGAGAAGCUGAUAGGCGACAACUUCAAGAAGACGUACGGCUUGGACCAGGCGAAGCUGUUCAAGCUCGUGGCCGAGGCGUCCUCCAAGGAGGAGGCCACCGAGGCGCUCAACACCAUCCACCGCGCGUGGGUGUGGCGGACGGCGGCGCCGCGCGGCUCCCUGCGGCGCUGGCACAACGCGCUCGGCUUCGAGUUCGUCGACAAGUGCAUCGGGAUCGGGGCCAGCGGCGUUGCUCUUGACGCAGCGCGCCGCGCGUGGGAGGUGGGGUUCGUCGUGCGCGCGCCGCUCUUCCACCGCGUCAUGGAGGCGAUGAUCGAGGAGGGCGAUGUCGCGGGGCUGAUCAUGACGUACGCCGCCAUGAAGGACAACGUCGUGGCGCCCACGCAGGCCACGGGGGCGAUCCUCGUCGGCGGUUUGCGGGGCGCCGGGCGGGAGGAGCUGGCCGCGGCCGUGGAGGAGGAGUUCAAGCUCAACGGCGUGCCGAUCGCGGGCGCGGAUGCGUGA